CUGCCCAAGUUGAGUUGAGUAGGUUUAAACCCCGCAAACCCCCCCAACCCCACCCAAUAAUCCUCCAUCCUCCACGACAAUAAUCAACCAUCACCAGCAGUCCAGCAGCAAACAAUAAUCAAAGAUGCAGGAGGAGGAGGGGAGAAACAGCUUUUCUCUAGCAGGCCCUCCAAUUAUUUUUAUAUUGGGUGCUGUUGUUUGUUGCAGCUAGUGGGUGGUGUAGGAAUUCUUUAUUCUGGGGGCAGGAAAGAGGAGGAAGAAGAAGAAAUAGCAGAGCCGAGAGAGAGAGGUCUCUCCUCUUCUUUUCCUUUUGGUGUUGUUAUCUUGGGAUCUGAUUUUGUCCCCAUACUGGGAGGGAGGGAGGGGGUUGGGUUUCUUUCUCCUCUCUUCUUCUCCCCUCUCAACUCCUCAUCACCUCACCGCCCCUCCUCCCAAGGCUGACCGUCGGCUCGGGUCUGGUGACAGCAAUCCCUGCCGUCUUGCCAUGCUCCCCACGAGGAGCACACCAUCAGAGUGAUUCUGCAGAAGUAUUCAUUCUACUGGCGUGCGAGCUGGUGAAGGAGCUCUAAUAAGCCUAGCGUGCACUUCGGUCAUCAGCCAAGCGAUUGAAAAAGGCAAGUCAGAAAAAAUAUUGGUUCCGAGGGCUCUGUAAUUGCUUCUCCGCACUUGCCUAUGCCUUUGCACUAAUCUUGACAACUGAGUCGUCAAAGUUGGGAUAUGGCUACUUAUUACUCGAGCCCUGGUAGUGAAAGAGAUUCACAAACAAUGUACUCAACAGAGUCAGGCAAUGCAUCAUAUCCGGUGCCAUCAGCCCUAGGGAACUUCCUUUAUCCAAACAAUGCAUCUUCUGGGCCUUAUACAGAAUUUAGUGGAAUUGUGCAGCCUCAGCAGAAUUUCAUGGAACUUACUGGUCAUCCUUCAGCAAUGUCGCAUGAUUCAUCAUCCAAUGAAGCUACUAACAUGAGUACUUCACUCACAGAGCAGCGCUCUUUUGGUCCUUUGAAAGAUAUGAGAAAUGAGAUGUUGAUGCAUUUGAUGGAUGGAGCACACAGCAGUGGCAGUGAUCUCAUCCACAAUGAUGCCCAUAGCACUGCACAACUUGAGUUUGGCAUGUUAAACAACCACAACUCAAGUGUUCCAUCAGCACCAGGCCAAGGGCUGUCUCUGAGCCUCAAUACGCAUAUCUUGGCGCCUUCCUAUCCAUACUGGUCUGCAAAGCAAGAUUUACUGACACCAAAUUCUUACCAGGGUGAUGACAACAGAAUGAAGAAUAUGCAGUCUGAGGCCUCACAGGCAAUCCGGAACUCUAAGUAUCUGAAGGCAGCACAGGAGUUGCUUGAUGAGAUUGUCAGUGUUUGGAAGAGUGUUAAACAGAAAACAGAUAAAGGCCCUGCUGAAGCAGGAAAGGCAGAUGGAAAAGAGACUGAUGGGGGGACUAAAAGUGAUGGAGUAUCUUCCGAUCCACAAGAGUCUGGUGCCAAUGCAGCAGCUGAGCUUUCAACUGCUGAGAAACAAGAGCUCCAGAAUAAGAUGGCGAAACUUAUGGCAAUGUUAGACGAGGUGGAUCGAAAGUACAAACACUAUUAUCAUCAGAUGCAACUUGUAAUGUCAUCGUUCGAUAUGGUUGCUGGUUCUGGAGCUGCCAAGCCUUAUACCGCAGUUGCCCUCCAGACAAUCUCACGGCAUUUCCGAUGUCUAAAGGAUGCUAUCAAUGAUCAAAUUAGUGUUAUCCGGAAGAAACUUGGAGAGGAUGACACUACAUCUGGCAAAGAGGGCAAACUAACUCGCCUUCGUUAUAUCGAUCAGCAAAUAAGGCAACAGCGAGCUUUCCAACAGUAUGGUAUGCUACAGCAAAAUGCUUGGAGGCCACAGAGGGGACUACCUGAAAAUUCAGUCUCGAUUCUCCGGGCUUGGCUUUUUGAACACUUCCUUCACCCGUAUCCAAAAGAUUCCGAAAAGAUAAUGUUAUCGAGACAAACUGGGUUAACAAGAAGUCAGAUUUCAAAUUGGUUCAUCAAUGCCCGUGUCCGGCUGUGGAAGCCAAUGAUCGAAGACAUGUACAAAGAAGAGAUUGGUGAGGCAGAGCUAGACUCCAACUCUUCCUCUGACAAUGGGCAGCGAAACAGGGACAAAGCACCAUCUUCGGAAGAAAAGGAGGACCUGAAGACCUCGACAAGCCAGGUUUGCCAAACCAGCCAGCUUGACGAAUCCAAAGCCAGCGUUGGUGGAAUGAUGAGCUUUAGUGGAGCGCCAGCUGGCGGCUUCCACAACGAGGCCAACCCCGAUGACAGCUUCAUGAGCCUGAUGCUGAAGGCCCAGAGAGCGGGUGAAACUGAUGGCAGCGGUUUUCUCCAUGAUGCCGUCGCCCAUCACUCGGAUGAGAGCGCGCGGUUCAUGGCUUACCACAUGGCAGAGUUUGGGAGGUACGGAAACAACAACGUCUCACUGACGCUGGGUUUGCAGCACGCCGAGAACAGCCUUUCAGUCCCACCAAACACCCAGCCAGGCUUCCCCGGCGUCCGAGACCAAGACAUCUACAACGCCACAGCUCCUCUCAACGUCGCCUCCACAUCUUCAGAGUAUGAUUCGGCAAGCCAAAUAGAUCAACAACAACAACAACGGCAGCGGUUUGAGCCGUCACCUCUGAUGCAUGAUUUCGUGGCCUGAAUUUCAGCUCACCACUGGAAAACACGGGGAAAAGAUUUGCCAUUUGUAGUGCCAGGACGAAUAACACGCCUGGACUGAAUUUUCAGGCGUGGAACUGUAGCUGUAGUUGCAAUUGGGGUACAGAAGGGGAGGAGGUAUAUUAUAGCGUAAAUGUUAUGUAAAGUUAGCGGGGGCGGGGGUGAUAGCGGUAAAGAAAUCCUGUAAAGAUGGAAUACAUUUAUACGUGUAAAAUACUUGUAUUUAAGGGCCAUGCUGUAAAAAUAGGUUUACCUGUAAUGAGCACUUAUGAUCCAGGUAAUAUACUGUGCAGGCUGUUGAACAAAAAAAGUGGUUGAAAUAAGUUGCAGGAGAAUCUUCAGCCUU